AUGAUAUUAAAUAACCUUCAAUCUCAAAACGUUACAUCUGUUAGAAGGAUAAAGAUUCGCAGGGAUGGUAAACUCAUCCCUACGAAGCACCUUAUCCUUACUUUUGCGUCUGCUAAAUUACCAACUGCAAUUAAAAUGGCUUGGAUUAACUGCCCGGUUCGGCCUUAUGUCCCAAAUCCUUUGCGUUGUUACCAAUGUCAAAGGUUUGGGCAUUCAAAAACAUCUUUCCGAGGUCGACCGGUGUGUGCCCGUUGCUCCAGUACAGACCAUGAAGACACUUCUUGCGAGCUGCCACCUCUUUGCAUCAACUGCAAGGGUGAUCACGCAGCUUACGCCAGAAGUUGUCCGAAAUGGUCGCAAGAAAAGGAAAUCCAGUCAGUCAAAGUAUUACAGAACUUAACAUUUAACGAAGCCCGCAGAAUAGUUACUGCCCGCACUCCCCGUCCGGGUGUGUCCUAUUCUGCAGCAGCUAAAACUUCAUAUUGCACAUUAAGUACGCAGACAGAUUCCUCAAUAUUAUCUACCCUACAACUAACAAAACAAAAUCCACAAUUUAAUUUUACCGGACCAUCUACUUCUUGCAGACCUGUAUCUAAAUCCCCACCUCCAAAAACAUCUCGAAUGACAUCCCCUGAAAAGCCUCGUCCUGCCUUAAAGCAGCGCUCGAAUAUAAAGUUGCCACCUAGCCUGAAACCAGGUAUCCCUAAAAAGAAUAAAGAUCCAAAAUUUAUACAAAUCGUUAAAAAGUCCACUUCAGAUAUCUUGCAGAAGAUGGAUACAGAAAUAACACUACAUCCAUCGGAUGACGAAUCGAUUUUCGACGACCCACCGAUGGAUGUUACGUCUAAAUCAAAAUUUAAAUCCAAAGGAUAA